UCACGCGCAAAACGCACUUUGACGUUACCAAGAACCGCAUCAAAUCCCUCCUAUUUUCUCUCUCUCUCUCUUCAGAUUCAUAAACUCAAAUCCUCAGUAUCUAUCAUUCCCUAGAACCCUAUUUCUCAAAUCCAUCAAAACCCAUGAACCAAAUCUCUCAAAUGGUUCGAUUUACGAUAUCCUUUGACUCCUUUAACUAAAGCUUCUUCAUUUGCUUUAUUUUGAACCACUGCACAUUCUAUGCCGCAGCUUUACACAGUAUUAGGGUUUUGAGUUUUCACCAAUGGGUCAAUCAUCCUCCACAAAUCAACCCAAAUCGAUUACCCACCUAAUGGACGUCGCCCGUUCUAACAUCGCCCAGUCGACUCGGCGUUCAGAUGCAGACACAGAUGCCGACUUAUUAGGUGAUGACUUCAUUUCAAAUCUUCCCGACGAGUGUUUAGCGUUAAUAUUCCAGUAUAUUUCUUCCGGCGAUCGGAAAAGUUGUUCUCUUGUUUGCCGUCGGUGGCUUCUGGUUGAAGGUCAGAGCCGACAGCGUUUAUCAUUAAACGCUACCACAGAUCUACUCACUAACAUCACAUCUCUCUUCAACCGAUUCGAUUCCGUUACCAAACUAGCUUUACGAUGUGACCGCCGAUCGAUCAGUCUAGACGAUAACGCGCUAACCCAAAUCUCUCUCCGGUGCCGGAACCUCACCCGUCUCAAGCUCCGUGGCUGCCGGGAGAUCACCGACGUGGGUAUGACCUCCUUUGCGCAGAAUUGCAAGGGUUUGAAGAAAUUCUCUUGUGGGUCGUGUACUUUCGGUGUAAAAGGUAUCAAUGCUGUUCUUAAACAUUGUCUUUCUCUAGAGGAACUAUCCGUUAAGCGCCUUCGUGGCAUUGGAGAUGGAGCCAGUGAGCCAAUUGGCUGCAGUUUGGCAUCUUCUUCACUUAGAUCCAUUUAUCUUAAGGAACUCUAUAAUGGGCAAUGCUUUGCUCCUCUCAUAACAGGCGCUAAGAAUCUAAGAACCCUAAAAUUGAUUCGAUGUCUAGGGGAUUGGGAUUCACCUUUCGAAAUGAUAGGUUCUAGAAAGAACACUCUAGUUGAGAUUCAUCUAGAGAAGCUUCAACUAAGUGAUGGAGGGUUAGCUUCCAUAGCAAACUGUUUAGAUCUCGAAAUUCUUCAUUUGGUGAAGACACCUGAAUGCACGAACGUCGGCAUUGUAUCGGUUGCAGAGAAAUGUAAGUUAUUAAGGAAGCUUCAUAUUGAUGGAUGGAGAACUAAUCGAAUAGGUAACGAAGGUCUCAUGGCGAUUGCUAAGCAUUCUUUGAAUCUUCAAGAAUUGGUUCUUAUAGGAGUGAAUCCGAAUUCCACUAGCCUAGACUCGAUAGCUAGUAACUGCACGAAAUUGGAAAGAUUGGCCCUUUGUGGAAGCGAAACAAUUGGGGAUGCGGAAGUUUCUUGUAUAGCUACGAAAUGUAAAUCGCUUAAGAAGUUUUGCAUUAAGGGUUGUCCUAUAACCGACGAUGGGAUUGAGGCUUUUGCUUGGGGUUGCCCUAAUUUGGUAAAGAUUAAGGUGAAGAAGUGUAGGGGAGUUACGGGUGGAGUGGCGGAGAGGCUUAGGGUUAGGAGGGGAUCUUUGGUUGUUAAUAUGGAUGCUGAGGAAGCAGAAGUUGAAGGAUUGGAUGCAAGUGCGAGCGAUAGUGGAGCUCCGGAGGAGGGUCCUCAUGAGCUCACGCAAAUUGUGAAUCGAGUUGAUACAACCACUAUUGCUCCGAUCGUCAUUCCAGGUAGUAAUUUUGGCAGAUCAUCAUCGUCGUCAUUCAAAUCAAGGUUUAGCUUUUUCACCUGUACUUUUAGAAGGUGAUGUCAAAGAAAUGUUAUGAUUUUUCAAAUUGUGUGGACUUGUUGUUUGUUUAUCUUGAUGGUUUUAUUUUAGUGUUGAUUUUACUCAAAAUGAUCAAAGGGAGAGAUUUGAUGUAUUCACUUUGUUCUUUUGUGUCUAGUUGUUGCCAAUGUUUGUAAACAAAUUGAUUAUCAAGAUUUGGUCUUUUAGAUUGCACUCUC